GUCUAGAAAGAAAGUCUAUAAGAGCAACUUUUUUCAGUAACACAAGUUGGCUCCGUAAUAUUUUGUUUUAGGAAAAGAGUGGAGCAUAAUUCCUUUAUUUUGGAGGAAAGAGAAUAUUUUGAAAGCAUGGUGCAGGUCAGAUCUCCCAAGAUAAAAUCUUCUUUUUCUUGUUGGAGUUUAUUAAAACAUUGUUUAAAAUGAGUACACAGGUUUUCGAUACUCUGCAAAUCACUACCUCCAGAUGGUCUGUAAACCUCACACACCUCAGUAAAGAAAUAGAUGUUUCCUGGGAUGAAAGUGAGAAUUCACAGAAAUAAAGUGAUCAUUGUUACCAUUGUUUUUUGCAUUGUGUUAUUUUUAAGUCAAACAAUGAGAGAUAGAGAUUACAGCAGAUUUCAAAAGUACAUUCCUAGUAUAAACUAUUCAGCUGUAAUUGACCCCUAUCAGAUUGUUCUUUCGAGAGGAGUUUUUAAAAAUGAAGAAUACCGCAAAACGAAGACAAUACUUUUGUUUACAACCCAUUUUUAUAGUGAUAUCUGGAAGGGUCUUCAUCCUGACUUGUUAAAAGAUUACACCUCUAACACAAAAUGUCGUAUACAGGAAUGUAGUGUAACAUAUGACAAGAAAAAAAUAUCCACAGCUGAUGUUGUUGUGUUUCAUGGCGUUGAUUUUGGAUUUAGAAAUUUUACCUCUCAUCAUUUUCAUGCAUUAUCAGCAAACCGACCAUCUUAUCAAAGAUGGUUGUUUUGGAUGCAUGAAACACCGGUUUAUUAUCCGGAAUCUGAAAAUUAUAAUAACUUAUUUAACUGGACAAUGACAUUCAGUCGACAGUCAGACAUAUACCACCCAUAUUACUCAUAUACUCGAUUAAAUUCAGAAGAUAGACCUUCAAAAUAUAAUCAUGCAACAGGUAAAUCAAAAGCUGUAGCUUGGAUGGUAAGUCGAUGCGGAUUAAUAAGAUCUGAGUAUGUAAUCGAACUGCAAAAUUAUGUAGAUGUUACAGUGUAUGGUUUAUGUGGCACCUCGUUCAAUAACAUGGGAGGUAUCUGCUCUAAGACAGAAUCAGAAUGCAUGCAAGAAUUAACUCAGUAUAAAUUUUAUCUUUCAUUCGAAAACAGUUUUUGUGAAGAUUAUGUAACAGAAAAAUACUACAAACUUGGACUUAUGUAUGGCUUAGUUCCUAUCGUGAUGGGCGCUAAUUAUGAUGAUAUGAACGCCAUUCCUGGCUCUUAUAUUGAUGUUUCGAAGUUUAGUUCAAUAAAGGAGCUGGGUGAUUACCUUAAUUAUUUAGACACUCAUGAUGACAUUUACAAUCUAUACUUUGAAUGGAGAAACCAUUUUGAAGUAACUGAUAGCAUUGAUAAGAUUUGUUUGAUUUGCCAAGCAGCUCACAACGAGGAAAGAAAACGUCAAAGUUACAAAGAUUUUAAUGCUUUCUGGAGUUCACGUAAUUUAUGUGAUCCAUACGAAAAAGUAAAACAAAAAUUAAAUCAUCAGAUUCAAGAGUCUAAAAGCAACAGGCAAAGAAACAAUGUAAACUAAUGUAUAUGAAUGUCAGUAUGUAAAUAUACUUUAUUUAUAAUGCACUUAUAGAAAUAUUUUGUGACAUAUUUUUUUAUUACUUAUUAAGGCCUAAUAUUUUAUUUUAUUUGACUUUUUUUUUAAAGGAAGCAUACACUUUUUUGUUUUAGCCUGGAUGUUUUUAACUUUUAACAAGAUUUCAAACAAAUACUUUUCAGCAAUAGCCUUUUCAAUUAAUUAAUUUAAUUUUUUUAACAGUAACCUAUUUGAAGCACCUUUAUCUUGGCCUUGUGUCUCUUAAAAUUGAAGUAUUAAACAUAUUUUUUUAACAAAAGGCACAGAAAAAAAUGCAUGAAAUGUUUCGAAAUUUAUUCCUGUCUACUUAAAAUAGGAAAAUUAUUUAGCAUUGCUCCAAUUUUAUUUCAAUUUUUGCAGAACCGAAUUUUUUUUGAGUGGCUAGGAAUAAAAAAAAUUUCAUACAUUAUAUAUUUUUGCAUUAGGAAGUUUUCAUCAGGGCAAUAUGAAACUAAUGUUUGUGAUUGGAAUGUUUUUCUUAUGAAUACUUUUGCAUUUGUCAAUUUUUUUAAGGAAAAUGAAUAAGAAAGAACAAAGUGUUUAUUAGAACACACAGCAUCAUGAUCAAAUUUCAAGUAAAAUACAAUCCUCAAAAAGUUAUACUGAGCAUUUUUAAGAAUUUCAAAUGGUUUUGCUAUUCAAUACGUCUUAAGAAAAUUAUUUAUUUUUUUAAAAGACUAACCCUGGCAUACUUUAACAGAACUCAUAUAUUUGACAUUUGCUCUUAAGAAUCUAUUUUUCAUCAAGGUUGUCCUUAUCUUGAUAACAGGUUUUUUUAGUUGAAGUGUUUUAUUCAUUGUAAAUAUUUGUUUGUUCAAA